UCGAGUAGGCGGGAGCACAGCAACAGUGGUUACAAAUCAGGACCGUCCCAAGAAGUUUGCUGGAGAGAGGGAGGAACGCGCAGGAGUAUGGAAAAUACCACAUAGCUCGUUGGAAAAGUUGAAUAGACAUGACUUGUGGAGGUUCAAAGAGCGAAGAAUAUUUAAGAUAUUGGCAUUCUGAAGUAUCGAUGAAGUUUUGACCAGCUAAACAGCCUCGUGAUGCCAAGACCGCCUCAAGUUUCUGAAGCUGCAAAACUUGGAGAGAACACGGAGGUUUGACAGGCAUACAGUUGGUGUUUUGAUUGGGAUUAGAUUCAUUUUAAACCUUGACAUUAUCGUACAUCAGUUAUCAUUACGCCUCUCAACAUACCUCUAAAUUAAAUUGCGCUAGCGGACAUGUGUGAGAUGUAGUAAUGAGGCUGUUUUUCCUGGGAUUGUUGGAUAUGACAAACAUACACCAUAUGCUGUAAGUUUCCAAGUUUACAAAUGACAUAAGGUCGCUGGAGAGAAGACUGUGCGCGCAAAAAGUUUUGGACAUAUUGGUUUAGGAGAAUUAUUGACAAUGCAAAAGUUCAAUACGACGCACAGCAGUAGCACGGCGAGCCGGGACACGGAGCAGCAGCGGCUGGCUGAUAACGGGGCGGCCGGAGAUGGCUUGAAGGGGAACGGCAAGAAACACAUGAUAGCCGAACCUGUGGAGAAUGCCUUCUGCACCAAGAGGAAAAUGCUGGUCGGCUUGGACAUCAUUUGCUUACUAGUUGCCUCCAUCCCGUUCUUUGCGUGCGAGCUGAAGGCGGUGAAGCCGUACAGGCGAGGGCUGUUCUGUGGAGACUCGUCCAUCACGUACCCCUACGUGGAGCGCGAGGCCAUCCCCGACGGACUGCUCAUCGCCGGGGGAAUCAUCAUCACCGGCCUCACGAUUGCACUGGGGGAGUGCUACCGGGUGCGCUACCGUGGUGUCCACUCGCGAGCGUUCGUGCAGAACCGCUACGUCUCCUGCCUCUACAAGGAGCUGGGUAGCUUCCUGUUCGGCUGCUGUGUCGGCCAAUCGCUGACAAACAUGGCCAAGCUGAGCGUGGGCAGGCUCCGCCCAAACUUCCUGUCCGUAUGCAAUGUGACGUACGAGUCGCUGGGCUGUGCGCCAGGGACCUACCUCCCGCACGUCACCUGCAGGCAGCAGAACGACAAGAUGGUGGAGGAGGCCAGGAAGUCUUUCUUCUCGGGCCAUGCGUCCUUCGCCAUGUACACCAUGCUGUAUCUGGCGUUCUACCUGCAGGCGCGGUUCUCGUGGCGUGGUGCGCGUCUGCUGCGGCCGCUGGUGCAGUUCCUGCUGGUGAUGCUGGCCGUGUACACGGGCCUCAGCCGCAUCUCCGACUACCGCCACCAUCCCACCGACGUCAUCGUCGGCUUCCUACAGGGAGCGCUCACCGCAUACUGGGUGGCCUUCUACAUCUCCUCCAUGUUCAAGAGCCACCGCAGCAGCAGUGAGCUGUCGUCCCCCACCAGCGUGUCCCUGGAGAGCCCCCUGUCCAGCCAGCAGACGGUCUGCUAGCACCCACCCCCCCCCUCCACCUCCACCCACAACCACCCACCUCCAACUCCACCCAACAACCUCCAGCCAGCCAGCCAGCUAUCCACACACCCCAGGCCAGCCAGCCCAGCCAGACAUCCCAGCCCAGGACAAAGGGCCGUCCGAGGGAAGCUGAGCAGGGUUACACUACAGCAGUGGAGGUGGCCAGGAUGGGAGGAGGAGGAGACGAGUUGAGGAGAGGAGAGGAGAGGGGAGAGGAGAGGAGAGGAGAGUGCCCUGCGGAAAGGAAGGAAGGAAGGAAGGCAGGCAGGCAGGAUGCGCAGCAAGAGAGAAGAUGGAGGAUGGAGACUGUGAAAUAUGUAUGGUCAGAGUGCACACCGUGAACUAACUCACCCGGGACGGGACCGGGGGCUGUGGAGAGCAGAGCUACGUCCUUCACACCGGGUGAAUGAAUGCCUGCAGUAAACAAGGACAUAUACUAUAUAUAUGAAAACAAUGUGUACACGCACACACACACACACACACACACACACACACACACACACACACACACACACACACACACACACACACACACACACACACACACACACACACACACACACACACACACACACACACACACACAAAACAUACUGCCUCACACAUGCAGCCCAGCACACCAACUCAAACAUGUGCCUACAGCAAGACAAGUAGCUGUUGAGCAAACCAACCCGUCCACCCUGUGAUAAAACAUUGUAUUUUUUUUUUCUUUUACUGUUUUGUAAUGAUUACUUUAUAUAUAAAUAUACACGUACCUGAAUAGAAAUCUAUUUUCACUGAACAGACAGACGAAAAGAAUUGAAAAAAAAAAACAGAAACGGAACCUGUUAAUGCUGCUAAUAUCAGAGUCCUCGCCAGUCAGCCGGUUUGAAGCUGUUUGUUCUUCUUGCACCACGAUGAUUGUUUUGCCCAUGGCUUCAUCUGUCCCCUGCUGGGUUGCCUCUGGACACCUAUACGCCCAUGCAGUGGUCAAAAUACACAACCUUUUUUUUUCAUUGUUAAUUAAUUUCUUUUUUUUUCUCUGUCAGAGGCUAAACUGCAACCUGCCCAGUCUGUCACUGCAGGGUAGUCUCUGGACGCUUACACCCAUGCAGUGGUCAAAAUACACCUUUUUUGUGUGUUUUUUAAAUUUUAUUUUAUAUUUAAUUUCUUCUUCUCUGUUAAAGGCUAAACCACAGCCUGUCAGUCUUGACACUGCUGGCUAGCCUUACACCCACGCAGUGGUCAAAAUACACCAUUUUCUUUUUGCUUUUUAUUUUGUUGUAUUUUUUUCCUUUUUUCCCCGUAAGAGUCUAAGUCUGUUGCACAUGCGUGGGUAGACACGGUAGGUGGGUAGGUACCGUAGGUUAGCUAGUUAGGCCCGUAGGUCAUAACAAGAUGUUGAUUGACUACACUAGAUCGAUGAGAUGGGAUGGCUGUAGCAUUUAGCCCCUGAGAUUGCAGCCGGAGGCACUGACAAAACCAGACGCUCCCUCUUGAGGUUUGGGAGAUGGUUGACCCGAGGCAGGGAAAGUGGAGGGAUAGAGAGAGGGGCAGGAUGGAUAGAGAGAGGGAGGGAGGAAGGGAGGGAGGGUGGUGUUAGACUGACCCCGUUAUUUUACAAUCACCCCAAACGUUUGACUGCUUGUCCUCCUCCUUACGUACUCCCAUCCAUCAUUCUUUUCCAGACGUUCUCAGAAGUAGCCAGUGGCACUGACACAACCAGCCCAGCACACGGUCACACACCUUUUUACUUCAGUUCAUACACUUCUCAUUCACACGCUUUUUUAUUAUCCUUUUUGUUCUCUGUUGCCUUCAUUUGUUUUGUUUGGACUGAAUAAGGAGGAAGAGCUACUUCAUUAGUUGGAGGUUGUUCGCUUCUCUGUUUUGUUCUGUUUUGUUUUGAUGUUAGCGUCGUGUUGUUAACCACUCUGUGAUGUGUUCUUACCGCGCCCUUGAGGCGGGAGGGCAGGCAGGCGGAGCUGUGACUGAAUAGAAUAGAAUAGAGCCCUGAACAGAACAGGAGCCUGUUUGACCCUCCAUUGACACUCGCCCUUUGACCUCUGACCUUUUGCUCUCCACACGGCUUGCAAGUCAUCUCUCUACUCAAACUCAAUUCCUUUCCUCUGCCCUCUGUCCUCAGUGUUGAAUUGUGUAAAGUCAGUUUUACAGUGUGAAACACUGCAAGCCAGUGAAGCGUAAAAAGGCAAGUUGCCCCGCUGCCUUAAGUUGGUCAGUUAACUCAACUCGAUGCUUUCUCAAAUUGAGUUAACUUACAAACUUAAGGCAGCAGGGCAACAUUCUUUUUUUAACGUUUAAUUGGCUGCAAUGUUUUAAAGUUUAUGUUGGACGUCCAUUUUGAGUGUCAAACUACAGACGUGAUGUAUCUGGAAAAGAAAGUAAGCCUUGCUCUUGUGGCACAUGAGGACAUCUCCCUAUGAUCUAGGGUUGAGAACAAGUCGUAUUUUCCAGAGUUGUAUGAAGUAGAAGUAGAAGUAGAAGUACUCUUACAGGUGUAAUUACAGCACUAGUGGUAUGACAUUACAUGGUUUCAACUUUGUAAUACCACACUACUAGUGUUGUAAUUACAUCUGUAAGAGUACUUUUAGUUCUACUUGAUAUAAUUCUGUUCUCAAUUGUAUUUUUAAAUGUUAGAAUGAUGUCCAAUAAAAAAAAACUUACCUACCCAGGUUGAUAGCAAGGACAAAGGCCAGAGGAAAAGAUGUGAGUGUGGAAACUUGACUUGCAUUCCACUCACCCGGUUUUCUUCAAAGGAGAUAGAGUGGGUUGGCACCUUGGAGUGGUAGACCCCCCCAAUCUGGGACAAACCUGUGUAUCACUCUCUAUAGCACUUGAACUACAUAGAGGAAUAUUAUAAUUUGUAAUAUGUACAUUAUAUAAAUAUAUGAUAUAUCUAUAUGAGUGUAUUUUAUCUCAAGUUUGUAAUGAUAAUAAUAAUCAGUGUUGUCUUCCUCUGUUUGGUUUUGUCCAUUAUACAUUAUGUACAUGUUUUAUCCUCCUCUUCCCUUUGCAUAAUUGUCCUGAUUGAAUGUAAAUAUCUCCUUUUAUAAACCACCCAGAAUUUCAGAAAGUAUUAGAUAUUAUUUUUGUGUUCCUCGUUUUUGUUUUUUGUCGGUAUAGUUUUGUUUUUCGUUGUUUUUGUGUUUGUUUGUUCGUUUUUCUGUGUUGAUCAGGUACGGAAAAGUUGCUUCUGUUCUAAUAUUAUACGUGUAUAGUGACUGAGCCAGAGUUAUAUCAAAAAGCUAUAUUCUUUUAUGUCUAGUUUUAUUAUGUUUGUGUUUAUAUGUGUUUCUGUGAAAGCCAGCAAGGGCGAAAAUAACCACUGUAUUUGAAAAAAAAAGAAACCAAACCAAUAAAAUGAAUGUUUCACCUUUA